UUUCAACCACCAGGCUAAAGCCUCGAUGGUUCUUAUUUCUUAACAUUUGGCCAUACGAUAUCCUCUCCAAGUUCUUCCCUCCAAAAGCGCCCAUGGCCAUCUUCUUAGCCCCCAACUCCGCCACUCUGACACUCCCAACCGCCUCCAGAAGCAUCCGUGCCUCCUUCAAGCCUCUGCUCGUGCCAACCUCGCUGGCAAUUCGCUUUGCCGGAGACGGCCAAACCAAGAGAGGUUUGUCUCUGGUCACACGCGCGGGUCCCAGCACGACUAGUUACGUGUUUGCUUUCGUGUUUCCUAUGUCUCUCCUCAUUGCCACCGUCAUUACCUCUAUUAAAAUUGCUGAUAAGCUUGAUAGAGACUAUCUUGAGGAGCUUGCAAUUAAUCAAGCAAUCAGAGAAGCAGAUGAAGAGGAUGAUGAUGAUGAUGAUGCCAUUGAUAUUCCAACAGAGGAAGAAGUGAAGCAGCCAGCACUUCGAGACACUCGAACUCGCAACCGGCCUAAACGAGAGGCUUAGGCUUCAUUUACAUUCUUGUUUGUAUGAUUAUGAAUUUUUGAUUUGGAGUCACAUGCAUUAGCAGGCGAACCAAUAUAGAAAGCCAACUGUAGCCCACCUAAAAUUUAUAAUGAGCUUCCAACUUUAGAUAUAUUGCUCCGUAAUUGUACUUUAGAUUUUAGUUGAAAUUGCUUUCUCUUGGCCUUCAUAAUUAUAUUGUAAUUGUCGUAGAUAAUCUAUAUACUUCUAAUGCAAUUUUUAGUAA